ACGGCGCUGAACACAACUUAACACCUGAAAAGUUGAGCUGAUCUCCCAUUUCACUUCGUCACCUCCGGGAAUUGACAAAGAUAGUGCUCGGAACUCAACCCGCCAAAACACUUAACGUGUGAAAAAGCCAUGCUUGAUUUCUUGAAACGUGGAACGUAAAUCGAACAGGCAAGCAUGGGAAGAGUCGCGAUUACAGACAACAGUCUUCUCAGAGAAUCAGGCUCCGGGAGUGCACGUGCUCCGGAAUGUUUGGGAUACUCAAGGAACAUUUGGGACGACCCGGACGACGACUUAACUCUCUCUCGUGAAGCACCAGGAACCAAUCCAGUCAGCAAACUAUGUCCUGCGAACGAAAUAGACGGUGCCAUCAACGAAAGAUUUAUCCAACAGGGCCGUAUAACACUUCAGUGUCGCUCUCGAACAAAAUGGGCGUCAUUGCACCGGUCAGAAACCAUUCUUAAUCCACAUGAUCACGAGAUAUUUCCUUCACGUACUAAAAAUGAGAUAGGGAACAUUUUGCGGGAAGGUGCAGCUCUUGUCCAUGGAGGUGCUAAUAUUUCUCGACACCGAAAACAUAUACCUUCUGGUGUGCUAGAUACUUCCCGCGUUCUUGAUGCGAACGCAAAUGAUCGGAGCACCGCUGUUGUGCGGUCCGUUCAUUUUCAUCCACAAGGAAAUCUACUAUUAACUGCUAGCCUCGACAAAUCUCUACGUUUCUUCAAAAUAGAUGGUACUGUCAACCCCAAGGUUCACAGUGUUUAUUUUGACGACAACCCGAUCUACAGAGCUCGCUUCGUAGGAGAUGGGUCAGAGGUCGUAGUUUCCGGGAGAAAAGACUACUUCUAUGUACAUAAUGUCCGGAGCGGGGCAGUCGAGCGGAUAGCACCGUUUCCAUUUCGAGGAAGUAGUCUCGAGUCUUUCGUAGAGACACCUGAAUCUGUUCAAGACCCCAUGCUUGCUUUUCUUGGUGCAGACGGGAACGUUCCACUGGUGUCAUUGAAAUGCAGAUCGCGUGUUGGUGCAGUAAAAAUGAACGGAUCAGUACGGUGUGCCUCGUUUACUCCAGACGGCACACAGCUGACUACGAGCGGUGGUGAUGGUCACAUAUAUCUAUGGGAUCUUCGUAACCAAGGGCGAUGUGUAGAGCAGUACGCCGCCGAGGAUGGACUCGCGGUAACUUCAUUGUCGUGUUCACCAACUGGUAAACAGAUAUUUGCUGGGGGUAUCUCAGGUGCGUUGAACAUAUACGGCGAUGAUGGUUUAGGCACGCCUCCCAAACAAACUAGCGUGAUAUUUUCAGAAACACAUCUUCCUCAGUUUGCUGCGCAAGAACCUAUGACUACUGACAUACAAGUUGCUACCAAGAGAGACCCUAUUCGCUCAAUUUUGAAUCUCACAACUGAAGUUGACAAUUUGAGCUUUAGUAACGACGCACAAUUGCUUGCAUUUUCAUCUCGGCUUGAUCGAGAUGCCCUUCGACUGUUACAUGUACCUACGCGCACCAUCUUUUCCAACUGGCCAUCUUCCAAGACUCCUCUUCAUUAUGUAUGGAGUACGUGUUUUAGUCCGGCAGGUGACUACUUCGCAGUCGGGAAUGCCCGAGGUCGCGCACUUCUAUUUCGCAUACAUCAACACGAUCAUUAGGAAUGUCUCACAGUUUUGACCUUUCGCGCGAUGUCUUCCCUAGGUUGGAGUUUUUUUCCAAAACUACAUUUUAUUUGUCAGUAAUGGUUGUUCUGAAAACUUUGCCUUUACGAAAUAUGGAAGUACUUAUAAGGGUGCUCUGUGAGACAAAUCUGACGGUGCAGAGCUUUAUCGACUUGUCUAGAUCACAUGGCGUACAAUAAAUACUUGCUGUCACGUGACAAUUUCCUGGAUGCUUGGUAUUCGUGCAUAAGAAUGGUGAGUUGAACUUUAGACGAGUUUAGACUAGAAAGUUCAGGCUCACAUGACCAGUCAUGAACAAACUCGCUCAUGAGCUGCUACUCUCAAGUUGGUUGCACAAAAUAGCUGCAUCAAAUGUGAUUAAAUUUUAAUGAUGGGAGUUGUAAGACGUCGCCAUAUGAUAAGAAAGGAAGCUGCUUAAAAUGUAUGUUCAAGAAAAAAAUGAGAUUUCAAUAGCUGUGUUCACAAAAUAUACUUAUGUGAU